CUGGAGGCUGCUCGCUCUUUGAUCCUCCUUCUCCCGGGGACAGGAGCGGGCCUGGGAGACCCGGCCAGCUCUGGCGGAGGGUACCUCGUCGGUAGCUUGCAAAUCUGCAGGCAAUGAUGUAGGCUGAAUUUUUAUUAAAAAAAAAAAAAUUGCUGAACACUUCUUAACUAGACAGAACUUUUUAGUAUCAUUCAAUGCCUAACAUUGCAGAAGGUGAAAGGGAGAAUGGUUCUGGACACAAAGAAAACAGACCUGAAGAAAAAUCUCCAGAAGCUACUCUUCAUAAUGAUGUAAAGCCAUAUUGCACUUCAGAUGCAUCCGCUGUGUCACUGGGUCCUACUGGAGAUGGGCAUUAUCCAUGGGGAUGUCCUGUGACUCACACCCGAGAAAAAAUUUAUACCAUCUGCUCAGACUAUGCUUUUUUAAAUCAGGUAACGUCCGUUUGUAAAAGUCCAAGUGCUACAGUUAGUGCCUGCCUAUCAGAUAGUGCUGCCUUAAAUGUUGGAAAUAAUACACCUAACUUCAUUGGCAUUCAAAGUGGAGCUUCUGAGAUAAUCUACAAUGAAGACACUAACUUGGAAAAUUUAUCUAGUAGUCUUGGAAAGCUUCCACUGGCAUGGGAAAUCGACAAAUCAGAGUUCAAUGGAGUGACCCCAAAUCUGAAAAGCAGAGCAGGAAACAUGAAGAAACAAGUAACAAAGAAAAAAUCUUUGGACAAAAAAAGCAAACAAUACAGGGAGUGUUCUCAACAUUCCACUGUUGAAGAAAUAAAGCAGCGGAAAGUGCUCGACCUCAGGAGAUGGUACUGUAUUAGCCGACCACAAUAUAAGACUUCCUGUGGAAUUUCCUCUCUAGUAUCUUGCUGGAAUUAUUUAUAUAGCACACUGGGAGCUGGAAACCUACCACCUAUUACUCAAGAAGAAGCCUUGCAUAUUUUGGGCUUUCAACCCCCAUUUGAGGAAAUUAGGUUUGGUCCCUUUACAGGAAAUACAACUUUAAUGAGGUGGUUUAGACAGAUUAAUGAUCAUUUCCAUGUAAAAGGCUGUUCAUAUGUUCUAUAUAAACCUCAUGGGAAGAACAAGACAGCUGGAGAAACUGCUGCAGGGGCCUUGGUAAAGUUAACACAAGGACUGAAAGAUGAGUCGAUGGCCUAUAUUUAUCAUUGCCAAAAUCAUUAUUUUUGUCCAAUUGGAUUUGAAGCUACCCCUGUAAAAGCUAGUAAAGCAUACAGGGUGCUGAACUUGAACUGAGGAGACUACGGUUAGGUUCCCAGCUUAACCACAGACUUCCUGUGUGAAUUCAGAAGUCACCUCUUGCAACAAGAAGUGGAAUAUUGGAUCUUAAUUGGAGAACCAAGUAGAAAACACCCUACCAUUCACUGUAAAAAGUGGGUAGAUAUUGUUACCGACCUGAACACUCAAAAUCCAGAAUACUUAGACAUUCGACACCUGGAGAGGGGUCUGCAGUAUAGAAAAACAAAGAAGGUAGGAGGAAACCUGCAUUGUAUCAUUGCUUUUCAGAGACUUAACUGGCAAAGGUUUGGUCCUUGGAACUUCCCAUUUGGAAACAUUAGACGAGAUAUGCAACCACAAGCACAGGGAAUUGCCAAAUCUGAAAGCGAAGACAAUAUCACCAAGAAACAGCAUGGACAUCUGGGUAGAUCUUUCAGUGCUGGUUUCCAUCAGGAGUCCAUGUGGAAGAAGAUGUAUAAUCUUCCUGAGAGGAGGAACAGUGGAUAUCAGAGUUAUACUGAUUAUGAUGGGAAUGAUAGAAAUUAACUUUAGUACAGCACAGCUGGUGUACUAAAGUUUUGCUAAGACAUAGUAGGAGUUUAUUAAGCCUAGAGUACAUAUGAAUAGAAAUGGUAUAAAAUGCAAUCUCAUAGUUAUUUAAAUACAUACGCCUGUGUAUGGUUGUGAUGGGUGACAUCAGACAUGUAAACUAACAAAUAAGCACAGAUUAUUGUACUUUGUAAUCAGCGUAAAUAUAAUAAGCAAACUGUUACUUCAAAUAAUUGAACUGCAUUUGGGACCGUGAAAACAAAAGAACAAAUUGUGUUUAAAGCCAUUUAUGUAAACAAACAGCAUUGAAAAGUAUUCAAAGCAUGAAACUUUAUAUCUUAUGACUUUCCAAAGUGAUUGAUUAUUCUGCAUACUAUAUAAGGGUAAAACAUUUCCUUCCUUUUUAACAUUUUAUUUUUAUUUUAAAUUCAGUAAGGCUGCCACUGUCAAUUAGAAAUAUUGUAAUACAAAAAAACUUGUCAAACUUAACUGAGUGGGUGGUCUCAGUCUAAUUCCCAGUGGACUAGUGUCCAUGUCCCUUAAAAUAAUUAUAUUUUGCCAACUGGUACCAAUUAGUGCUAUUGUAUUUGAAAAGCCUGAGAUGGAUUGUACAGGGAAAAUGGCAUUACUCUGGGUCAGGCUUGAGGCACAACUGUAGGGUGGGCUUGUGCUGUUGCCCCUCCUCUGCCUGUUGUGUAGAUAAAGUAGUGGACUUCUGACUACAGCACCUUUGUUAGCAUUGAAUUCGCUUCAUUUUCCACAGGCUUCUUAAAUAAAAAUGAAGUUGAAUUUGCUGAUGACCAAGCUGAACACACUUUGGCCUGUUGGCUGUUCUUUUCCUUCAUUGUGUCUCCAAAUUUCUUAGUGUUUUUACUUGUUAAUUUUUCUAUGAGGGGUGACACUAUUAAGUACCAAAAAAUGCUAGCAGUCCUACAGUAUAUCUGUCAGCAAACAAUUUAUAUUUUUCAGGUUUCCAGGUAAAGCACCUAUAUUUGGACUAAUAUAACUUUGUUUGCCCAAAAACAUUUUAGCAGUUAUAACAUUCUAUAUACAAAUGAUGUGCUCAAGGAUUAAUUUUGUUGACAUGAACUCUUGUCACGGAAUGCAGGGUAUUUUGUGGUUUGCUGCUUUUGUUAACCAAAAAACGGGAGACUUUUAGACAAUUUUCUUCCUCCAAUAAAAUUUGUUUUCUACUUUG